UAUAUCUUCUACCUGGAGCCGGACAAGCUGGAGUCGGGCAAGGGGAAGUGUUCCUACGACCCCAAAGUAGACACCGUCUCUGCGUUAAUAAAUGAAGAGCUCUACGCUGGCGUCUACAUCGACUUCAUGGGCACGGACGCGGCCAUCUUCCGCACCAUGGGCAAGCAGACUGCCAUGAGGACAGACCAGUACAACUCACGCUGGCUCAACGACCCGGCGUUCGUCCGUGCCCAGCUCAUCCCCGACAGCAGCGAGAGGAAUGACGACAAGCUCUACUUCUUCUUCCGAGAGAAGUCGGCGGAUGCCCCGCUGAGCCCUGGGGUCUACUCCCGCAUCGGGCGCAUCUGCCUGAACGAUGACGGGGGCCACUGCUGCCUGGUGAACAAGUGGAGCACCUUCCUGAAGGCCCGGCUUGUCUGCUCCGUGCCGGGGCCCGACGGGAUUGAGACACCAUUCCACGAGCUCCAGGACGUCUUCAUCCAGCAGACGCAGGACACCAAGAACCCUGUUAUCUACGCUGUGUUCUCCGCUUCGGGGUGAGUGAAGCAUGGAGCAUGCCCCGGGGGGACCUUCACCCCGUCCAUGAAGUCGACCAAGGACUACCCUGACGAAGUGAUCAACUUCAUGCGCGCGCACCCGCUGAUGUACCACGCUGUCUACCCCACGCACCGCCAGCCGCUGGGGGUGCGCACCAACGGACAUCGCUCCAGCAUGAUACCUCCCAUCCAAGGGAUGCCACCCAUCCAGCCUGAUCGGGGCACCGUGCAGAAGGUCAUCGUGCUCCCCCGGGAUGACAUGGAGACAGAGGAGCUCAUGCUGGAGGAGAUCGAGGUGUUCAAGGUGCCGGCACCCAUCAAGACGAUGACCAUCUCCUCCAAAAGG